GUACCAACGUCCCCGUACAUACAAUGACACUCGGAAAUACUCGCCUCGGAAGCUUUUAACCCAUCAUUACUACACGUAUUGGAAAUGAUGAGAACAAGAAUGUUCACCGAGGAGCGAUCAGUGGGCGUAUUAGCGUUGGAAUUAGGUCAAUUCUCCCCACCACACCUUGACUUUUACCAACCCGGUAGGAAAGCUCGCGAAUUUUUACUCGGACCUCUGCAAAAAAUAGGUCGGAGCUUUUGAUGGAGUUAUUCCCAGGCCGGUGGAACGUUGAAACGGGGAAACAGGUGGAAUAAUUACGAUUACAGAAAAAGCACUUCUGAAUGGCACAUACAAGAUUCUUGUUCCCUUACUAAAUUAUCCUUGAACGAUCGUCGUAAUGCCUUUGGCUCUGGAAUGCAAACUUCGUAUGGCAUUCCUCCGUUCUCUAUCACCCAAAUGCUGCCGUGCUCUCCAGCGUAUAGGACCGUCAUCAAACCUUUUGCAACGUUGUACGAUUUUUACCCCUAGAGAAUUGGAGAACCCAAUAGUCGCCCACUUAGUAGCUGUGUAAAUGGGUAACUGAGCACUAGUUUCACAAUUUGUAUGCUGUGCCACAUUGACCAAGACUCCUCCUCGACCUCCCUUGUCUAUCGCCAUGUGUUCAAUGGCCAGAAGUGCACAAGACACGUUUCCAUUCUAUGGGAUGGCAAGGAACACUUUGACAUAUGCUGCUCCGAGACCACUGGCACCACCGGUGACAAGAACGUUACGUCCAGAUAGAAUGCAGCUUAUUUCUUCCUUUUCCUUUGCACGUUCUGUCGCAGACAUUCGUCGAAGUUGAGGAACGUACUCCACCAUAUCCACCUCGAGCUCUGUUUAAAAAUGAAGCUGUGGAACCAAGGAGUACUUGGAUUUUCCCUCUUAGUCCUCCAACUUCUGUUUCUGAAGCUGUCUUCUGCACAAUACGAGCCCCCAAAGCCCAAGAUUCUCCCUCUGUAUCCAAGAGGAGUGCACUUUUCCAUACCUGAUGAGGAAGGAAUAACGCUAGUUGCAUUUCACGCCAAGUUUAACGAGGACUUUAAUGGGCUUGAAGCUGGGACGAUAGCGAGAGACAUUGUUAGAGUAAAGAACAAUCGAUGGAUCUACGAAGAUCACACAACUAGACUCAAGUUAGGGGAUAUUAUCUACUUGUGGAUACACGUUAUAUUCGAGGGUCUUGGUUACAAUCUCCUUGAUCAAGUUCAUCAUGUAACAGAAUUUUACAAUUCUGAUGGAACUGUCCACAUUUCAACACAGCCUGGGCCCACGACGGACCCAACUGUGGUCACCACGGAUGAAAACCCUUCAUGUAGACGUUCAGAAACCUUGCUGAAUGGGCGCCAAACAUGCGCAGGAAAGCUUAUAUUUGAGGAUCACUUCAACAGGUUGGAAACAAAUCAAUGGAGGAUCGUUAAAGAGUUUCCAGCAUCACCUGACUACGAGUUUGUGGUGUACAGAGGGGCUGACGAGAACUUAUGGGUCAGAAAUGGAGAAUUGCAUAUAAAACCAACACUAUUGGAAAAUCAAUAUAGUCCGGAAUUCAUACGCCGUGGAAACCUCAUCAUCGAAGGCUGUACAGGUCGACUUGGAUCUGAGGAUUGUGAGAAAAAAGGUCAAGGGUUCCACAUUUUACCACCGGUAUCUUCAGGAUUGAUAGACACCAAGCAACACUUUAGUUUCAUCUAUGGGCGUGUGGAAAUUCGCGCUAAACUCCCUCGAGGGGACUGGAUUUAUCCUAUAAUAAUGCUCAAGCCAGUGGCCGAGACGUAUGGGUCGGGAUAUCAAUCAGGACAGUUGCGUGUAGCUAGCGUAAAUGGAAAUGCUGAUUUACGUGAUAUCACAGGUGUGAAUGUGGGCAAUCGUGUACUGCAAGCAGGAGCUGUAAUUUCACCGGUUGGUCCAAUACGAUCCGAUACCAUGUCAGAAAAAAGUGCAAACAAUUUAUGGAGUGACGAUUACCAUAUCUUUGAAAUAAACUGGACUCCGAACGAAAUUUCAGUAAAAGUCGAUGGGGAAGUAUAUGGUACUAAAACAAACCCAGCAGAACCCCACAAAACAGAAAUUUUCAAGAAUUCAGUAAAUCGCUGGCACACCACCAAUGCACCUUUUGAUACACCGUUUCAUAUUAGCAUCGGAGUUGCCGCUGGAGGACACUCACAAUUUUCAGAUGGAUCUGCAAGCGGUGUGCACCCGAAGCCUUGGAGAAAUCUCGAAUCAAAGGCGUUCCUUAAUUUCUACAACGCCAAGGACGCAUGGUCCAGUACAUGGACAGAUGAAGAAUCCACACUUAAAGUAGACUACAUUAAAGUCUGGGCUCUGUAGCAUUUGGAAUAUGGUUUUAGGAUCAUUGUCAAACGCCAAAUUGGUAAUGUAAUCCUUUCAAUGUUAUUUUACACCGCGUAACAUCAUGGUUCCAUAGAUUUAAUAGAUAAUUAAAGAAAUAAGAAUCUAA